AUGGCUGCGGCGUUGAUUGUGUUGGAAAAUUUGGAAGCAAGGCGGGCUUUACGACGGCAGCGUGUGUUUAGAGAUCGUCUACAACCGCUUGACGUCUAUGAUGACGUAGAUUUGUACAGACGAUACCGGAUGACUCGGCCGGUCCUUCUCGAAGUUAUCGACCUGUUGCAGGAUGACAUUGCCCCGUAUACGCUGCGCUCGCACGCCAUUCCAGCAACUCUCCAAGUUUGCGUUGCGCUUAGAUAUUUUGCUACUGGCAGUUUGCAGUUGGACAAUGGAGACAUGUCAAAUGGCUUGAGUCAACCUACGAUAUCAAGGAUUAUUACCAGAGUUGCAACUGCUUUGCAGGGUAAAGCAAAACAUUUCAUAACAUUUCCUCGAACAGCUGCUGAGCAAGAACGUCAGAAGGAAGGAUUUUAUACAGAACGCCAUCAGAUUCCGAACGUUAUUGGCUGCGUAGAUGGAUCCCUUAUUCCGAUCAAAUGUCCAUCCGUAAACGAGAAUGCAUACGUGUGCAGGAAACAGUGGCAUGCCAUUAAUGUGCAGGGGAUUUGUACUUAUGAUUUGAAAUUUUCAAAUAUAGUAGCCCGAUGGCCAGGUGCCACCCAUGAUGCGUUUAUCUGGUCCAACUGCAAUUUAAAGGUGAAGAUGGAACGCGGCCUGAAUGAUGGAGGAUACUUGCUCGGUAACAGUGCCUACCCACUUAGACCCUGUCUCAUGACCCCAGUCUCCCGCCCAGCAGAUGCAGCGGACAGACAAUACAACGUUCACCACAGGCGAGUACGAAACAUCAUUGAACGAACCUUUGGAAGAUGGAAAAACCGAUGGAGGUGCUUGCACAAAGAAGGUAAAUUAUGUCCUUAUUGGUGA